AUGGCAUCAAUGACCUCCAAGGUCCCCCGAGCUUUUGCUAGAAGACCGGUUGCACUUUUUAAUUCAUGCGGAACCGUAACCUUUACGCGCUUUUCGUUGAAACGGCCAAUCCUCUCUCGGGCCUCCCCUGUGCAGCAUCAGAUUCGGAGUGUUGGAGGAAACUCUCAUUGCCAGCUAGUCCCUGACAAGAAGAACGAACUAUGUUUAGAUGAACGAGGCGGAAAGUACACCAAGUAUGCAGCCGGAGCGUUAUUCUUCCUCGUUGUUUUUUGGGUGUCGAAUAAGAUAAAAUAUCGGGUUCCUGAGUCAGAAUAUGCGGAGGACUUCGACAUUCCCCACACAGAGGAAACACCUCGUCUCUCAGAUUUGAUUUGCCUGGAUACAACACCUGACCACUGGUGA